AUGUCCACUUUCAUAACCGGCAGGCCCGUCUCCAAACCCGAGUGGGAGCAUUUCCACAGGCUCGAAGGUGUCACAACAUCUAUUGUCAUUGAGCUGGCCACAGAGGGUAAGGGGGAGCUCAAGCUCUUUGUCAUGAAAAACAAAUCACACUACAAUGCAUUUUGUAAGGCCUGUGUCAAGGCGAAGAAGGAGAUCUUGCAGGGCAUCAUCAAAUCUGGACAGUGGAAGCCGUCGGAGGAGUUGAAUGCGGAGGUAGCCAAAAUGGGCUCAGUCAACACGGAUGUGCAGAGGAUGGCUAUCCACUACAAAGCCCUCUCCCUUGUCGAGCCUGUUGGUGGCGUUGGCGAACGCAUGCUCAACCACUGUAAGAGUUAG